AUGAAAGAAAAACCGGUUGCACCGAAGGGGAGCGUGGCUGCUCUGUCCGCUUUCUUGAGUAGAAAUUUGAAACAGCCGAAAUUGCCAUCGAAUUUUUUUGAAGGAGCUGCUCGGAUCACUGAAGAAAUGAACACGUCUGCCAAGACUGAAGACGAGAAGGGUUCAGUUUUCCCCACGAAACUUGCUCUGACGGUUCCGAAGAAAGAUUGGAAAGAGUCGGCAGACAUGCUCAGUCCGAUGGAAGGAGGCAAGGAGGGAGGUCGAGACGUUCUGAAAUUGUUCGAUUUCGAGUCGAGAAAGAACGAACUCGCUCUUCGGCUUGGAGGAAUGUCCCUGAACACGAACCCCCGUCCGAUGAACGGAAACCAAGAAGAGACCAUUCGUCCGAUGGAGGGAGUUUUAGUUUGUCUUAGUCUUAACUUCGCAGAAAAACUAAAAAUUAUAUCACCCAAAACUUUCAGGAAGACGACUUUGUUGAUGAUGCAGAGGAUUAUCUGUAUGGAGGUUUCGGGAGUUCUGAUAACGUAUAA